AUGGUAAAGGGGGAUACCUCGCCACAAGCGAAGCCCUCGCAGGGCGACCUGGGAGACGAAAAUGGAGCGAAUACAAAAGAUGGCAAUCGAUCGGGCUUGUGGAAUAAGGUGAAAAUAGCCUGGAAUACGAUCGGUUUAGAUCGACCAUCAUUUCUUCUUAUGAUCAAGGGUGCAAUUCCUCCAACAAUCUCCCUGGCCAUCUAUCAAGCGGAUUCUGUUGCAUCCUAUUUCACAACUUCUGGCUACUUAAUAGCGAUUGUUUCUGUCCUAGGAUUUGCGACAAUGCCUCGCGCCAAAUUUGUCCAAAUGAUGAUUCUUGAUAUUUUGGCCGUCUGUGUGGCAUCUGCUGCGGCCCUCUUGAUGAUGUUUGCAACCAUUAAGGCGCGACAGAAUUCAGCUGGCACAAACGAGACACCGUCCCCAGUCACAGGAUGGCUUCCCUAUAACUCAUCUGCCUCUGCAACCUGUGGGGUCUUCUUGUUUCUACAGACCUACUUGAUUCAUUCGUUGCGAGCCCAUUACCAACAGUUCCAAUUUCCUGUCAUCAUAUAUUCCUUUGUCGCCAAUAUCGCAUUUUCUUACGCCCCAGUUCUUCCAAGUAUGUCUGCUGCCAUAACGUUUGUCCGCAAAUUGCUUGAAGCUGGUUUGAUAGGCCUCGGGAUUGCCACUGGCGUAUCAUUUUUCAUUUUUCCGCUCUCCUGCAGACAGAUUGUCUUUGGACAGAUGGCCGCCUAUAUUGCUACCCUACGCACUGCUCUCCAGGCCCAUACAGCCUACUUUGCCAAUCUCGAGGGUGAACAAGUGUUUGGGCGAACGGCAACUUAUGACUCCACGGUCGAGAAAAUGGAUGAGCACGGUAAGGUGUAUACUUCAGAAGCAGAAACCAUCCGAAAAGCCGUUCGAAAAAUUACGGAGCUGCAUGGUAAAUUGAACGGCGAUAUUACUUUCGCGAAGCGUGAGAUUGCCUUUGGUAAACUCGGCCCUGAUGAUCUACAAUCAAUUUUUCGCCACCUGCGUCAGACUAUGAUUCCCGUCGUCGGCCUCAGCUUUGUUGUUGAUAUCUUUGAGCGACUGUCGGAAUACAAUAGGUGGAACAACCCCAUUGACCCCGCGACAAGCAUAUCGGGUGCCCUUCGGGACAUGGCUGCGCACGAAUGGAAUGAGAUAAUGCGGGCUGUCCACGACCCAUUUGUCUCCAUGAUUCAAACCAUCGAUGAGGGUCUACAGCACGUUUCAUUGACCCUGAAAUUGAGUAUACCAGCCAAGAAUUCCUCCAGAAACGAGGACCCGGAAGCAUCAGCAAUUCCCACUCCCGGAGACCGGGGCUUUCGGGCCCAUUUUGAGAAGAGACUUGGCGAUUUUAAGAUCGCCAAACGACUUGCCUUGCGAACAUGGAGUGAGGAUAAAGGCAUCAAGCUACCCCCGGACUUCUUUGAGCGUCCCGCAACUGCACAUUUAGAUAUGGAAGAUUUGCCUUCCGAUGGAUCUGUGAACAGAGAUCGAGCCCGACGACAACUUUAUUUAUUUCUCUAUAUGGAGCAGCUUCUGUCCUCAACUGGCCAAAUGGUCCUUGAUUUUGUGAAGUUUGCGGAGGAGAGAGUCGAGAGUGGAAAGCUUUCAAAGACACACCUUAUUAUCCCCGGCUCUAAGCGCCUACGAAAGUGGGCAAAAAGCUUUUUAAAAUCCGAUGAUUCUCACGAACACGAUCAAAUGGGCGAUGUGCAUUCCCAGAACAGCAGCCUCCAGUUGGGUGAGGCAUACAAGAGUCGAAAAGACCCAGAACAUUUACCACCAGUAACAACCUUUCAGAAAAUCGGAGAUAAAAUUCGAGUUAUCCCUUCACUGCUUCGUUCAUCAGAAUCCUCCUACGGCUUUCGUGUUGCGUGUGCUACCAUGACCAUUGCCGUGGUAUUCUUCAUCCGCGAUACUCAAGAGUUUUUUAUUAGACAGCGAUUUGUCUGGGCUAUGAUUAUGGUUAACCUCAGCAUGUCCCCAACUUCAGGACAAAGCAUUUUCGGCUUUGUCCUCCGUAUUUUGGGCACUGUCCUAGGCAUGACCAUUAGCCUGCUCUGUUGGUAUAUCCCUGGGCAGAAGACACCGGGCAUCUUAGUCUUUUUCUUCAUACUUAUUACGUUUGCCUUUUACAUUCCGGUGAAGCAUUUCCGAUUUCGCAUUGCAGGAGUCAUCACCAUUAUCACAACGUCUUUGAUAGUAGGGUAUGAGUUCCAGGCUCGCAAACUCGGGCCGGAGAAAGUUACUACUAAUGGACAGGAGUACUAUCCUAUUUACCUUCUUGCCCCUUACCGUUUGGCAGUAGUUAGCGCCGGCAUUGCCGUUGCAUUCUUUUGGACUUUCUUCCCCUAUCCAAUAUCUGAACACUCUAUUCUGCGAAAGAGCUUGGGAGCUUCACUAUAUCUCCUUGCUAAUUAUUAUUCGAUUAUCCACGAAACCGUGACUGCACGCAUGCGCGGGGAUGAAGGAGAAAUCGCGCUAAAGACUUCGGCGGGACGAAGACUGUUGAAAGCGCGCAAUAAGGUGUUUUCUAAACAGAUGAUCAUGCUGAGCAGUCUUCGAACAUAUUCCGAGUUUCUUAAAUGGGAGGUGCCUAUUGGCGGUCGCUUCCCCAAGCGCCAAUAUGAUACUAUUAUUGGCUGCAUUGAGAACAUCGUCAGCUACCUGAGUCUUUUAGGAUAUGCCUCAGAUUCACUCAAACACCUUGGUAAUGACGAUGAAUCAGAUGAGGCCUGGCUUCAGGAUUUGAGGAGAGUCAUGGCUAGUGCGCGGAUCACAACCCACCAAAUAACUUCAGUCCUUUGCCUUCUUUCUGCCAGUCUCGCGAAUCAGCAGCCCCUUCCUCCUUAUCUGAAAACACCACGCCCAUACAGUUUUUCAAAGAGACUGGAGGCCUUGGAUAAGGAUAUCCUGAGUCUUCGACAUAUUGUAGAGCCCGGUUUCGCCACGUUUUCUGUCCUCCAGAUCUCAACACGGUGUAUCGUUGGCGAUGUAGAAAGACUUAUGAGAGAUGUAAAAACAUUGGUCGGAGAAUUUGACUUUUCUUUUCACGCUGUGAGCACCCGCCAAAUCAGUAUAUCGACCGCCGAUGUAUCGAUUUCUCGCCUAUCAAGAGCCACGGAUCGGGAUAAAUUGGACUAG